AUGCUAGAAAAAGGAGAAGAACCCUACCAAGAAGCUGCAAACGGUGAAGAGCAUUACGAGGAAUUCAGUGAGGAUUCGGAGAACGCACAGUAUGAAAAUCUCGACGAAAUUGACUGGGUAUUAGCUUCCUCUGACUAUGCUUCUUCAAACGCUGCUGGUUCUGCUUCAGCUGGGGUACAAGCAACAGCACAACCAAAUAGUAAAGUAAAAGUAGCGAAGGGACAGGAUCGCGUUUCAACGCUGAGCCGUUAUAUGGAUAAUAUGGAUGUAAAAGACCAUUUCGAUGGAAGUGAAAAAGCCAACACAAAGGACAAAAGCGACAGAGCUACAUCUGAACAAGUCCUGGAUCCUCGAACUCGAAUCAUUCUGUUAAAAUUGAUUAAUAAUGGAACCAUUUCGGAAAUGAAUGGCUGUAUCAGUACCGGUAAAGAGGCAAAUGUUUAUCAUGCUGUAAACGAGGAAGGGAAACACCUCGCUGUCAAAAUCUUCAAAACCUCAAUUCUUGUAUUCAAAGACAGAGACCGUUAUGUAUCUGGUGAGUUUCGUUUUCGCCAUGGCUACAAUAAGAGAAAUCCAAGAAAAAUGGUGAGAGUUUGGGCGGAAAAAGAAAUCAGAAACUUGAAGCGAGUGUAUUCGGCGGGUAUUCCUUCUCCCGAACCUCUUUUAUUAAAGCAUCAUGUUUUGGUAAUGUCCUUUCUAGGUGACAAGAAGGGUUGGCCUUAUCCUAAAUUAAAGGAUGUGGAUGUCACAGCCGCGGAGGCUACAAAGCUCUAUGGUAUGGUUGCGAGAUACAUGCGUACAAUGUAUCAAGUUUGCCAUCUUGUCCAUGCCGAUUUGUCAGAGUACAAUAUGCUUUAUCACAAAGGAAAAAUAUAUUUGAUUGACGUUUCUCAAUCUGUUGAGCACGAUCACCCUGGAAGUUUUGAAUUUUUGCGGAUGGAUAUUUUAAACGUUACCUCAUUUUUCAAGCGUUUCGACGCAGAUUGCUUGUCCUUGCCAAGUCUAUUCAAGUUUGUCACAGAAAAUGGCAGCGUUGAGAAACAAGAUAUGAAAAACCGUUUGGAAGAGCUUAGGGAAGGAGAUCCCGAUUCCGAUGAUGAUCACGAAGAAGAAUUUCUGAAAACAUACGUACCACGGACCUUAGAAGAAGUUUACGAUGUUGAUCGUGAUACUCAAUUGGUAGAGGAGGGACGUGGAGAAAGUUUAGUAUAUAGACACUUAUUGAAUACAGGUAUAAAGGAAAGCAAUGAAAAGGAUGCGAAUACUUCCCAUCCUAACAAUGACCCAACUUCCGCCUCAGAAAGCGAAGCCUCAGAUGCAUCUGAUUCAGAUGAUGAAAACAAUAUCAAUUCUUUUGAAGGAGAUAAAUAUGUCAGGAGAGAUAACGGUGGUCAUGAAAAAGAAAGUGCGGAGGAAAAACGCACUCGCAAACAGAAAGUAAAAGGAGAAAAAGCGGAGAAAAGGAAAACGAAAAUAUCAAAGUAUGAGAAAAAGCGUAAAGUAAAACAGGGAGGUCGCAAAAAAUAA